AUGGUCGAGGACGCUCCCAGCGCCCUCCUCGAUGCGUCCCUUGCGCAAGCAAAGGGCGCGGAUAUUGUCGAGUAUCGCGUCGAUCUGCUCUUCGAGCAGCGCGACGAGGAAUCGCUCGGAGAACGCAUGGGCCGCGUGCUGGAUCUGGUCAAGGAAUCCCCGCUGCCGUGCAUCGUCACUUGCCGCCCCCACUGGGAAGGCGGCGAAUACCACGGCGACGACGACGAACGCAUCUCUCUCUACGAAGCCCUCGGGACCUCCGAUCAUCCCCCGGCAUACAUCGAUGUCGAGCUCGCGACCUACACACGCUCUGCGAAUAUCCGCCAGAAAGUCAACCUCGCCGUCGAUCAUCCCAAGCAACAGCGCCAGGUCACGACGCGACUGAUCCUCUCCUCGCACGAUUUCGCUGGACGCCCCGCCGACCUAACGCGCCGGAUCAUCGCGAUGAACGACGAACCAGCGUGCAGCGUCGUCAAGAUCGCGUACCGAGCGAGGUCCAUCCGCGACAAUCUUGAACUGUUCGAGAUCCUGCGCGAUCGACAGAAGCCGACGAUUGCGCUGGGGAUGGGUGAGUUCGGGACGAUGAGCCGAAUCCUCGCCCCCAAGUUUGGUGGACUGCUGACCUUUGCAUCCCUCAGGAGCGAAUCGACCACCGCGCCGGGACAGCCGACGAUCGACGAGCUGCUCAACCUCUACCGCUUCCGCUCCAUCAAAGCAAGCACCAAGGUCUACGGCAUCAUCGGUUGGCCGAUCACACACUCCAUGUCUCCACUGGUGCACAACGCGGGGUUCGAGGCGAUCGGGUGGGAUGGGGUGUAUGUGCCGAUGCCGAUCGCGGCUGAUCCAAACGACGAGAAGGGUAGUGACAUUAGCUAUGUUGCAACUAUGGCCGCACUGCUCGAUGACGGUCGGUUCGGAUUUUGUGGUGCAAGCAUAACAAUUCCUCACAAGGAAAGACUCGCGCGGUACUCAGCAGACUAUGAAAUAGAGUUCACCGACCCGAAAUCAAUACCAGGUAUCGGUGCCGCAAACACAUUCAAACAAGCGUGGACCGAGUUGAGCGAUGUAGACUGGAUUUACGAUGGCUCCUAUACGAUCAACUCUGACGCGAGUGCUAUUGAGUCGCUCAUGCUGCAGUCAAUCCCCAACUUGACUGCAGAGCGUAUUUGCAUCUUUGGCGCUGGUGGCGCUGCUCGAGCGGCUGCAUGGGUGGCACUUACAAACGGUGCUCAUGUUUCUGUUUGUAAUAGAAACCAAGAUCGGGCAGAACAACUUGUGAAAUCACUCUCAGAUGAUCAUGGGAUUGGUUGGGAAGGUUCGAUCAACUACUGCUCAUCACAAGAAGCAAAUGACUCCAUGUACCAAAUGUACAUCAACUGCACCCCCGUCGGCAUGACCGGCGGUCCCGAUCCCGAAGGCCUCUCCAUCCCCAUCCCCGACAUGCCCCCGCUCCCGCCGGAGACCGUCUUCUUCGACACCGUCUACAACCCCAUCGAGACCCCGAUGCUCAAAGCCGCGAAGGAACGAGGCUACCGCACGAUCGACGGCGUCCAGAUGUUCGUCAAGCAAGCGGAAGCACAGUUCGAGCUCUGGACGGGACAAUCCGCUCCAGAAGGUCUGUUUGACACGCUCGAGGUUCCCGUGACCAUCACAGUCCGCAUCAUCCGCGCCCUCGUGCUCGGCGUCCUCGGAGCCGCACUCCCCCUCGCGACCUAUACCGCAAUCACCUCGCACGCCUCGGCGUCUGGACCAUACGAGAAUCCACGCAUGACCCCCCCAAACACCACCGAAGCUCUGUACUCCAAAUCUGGUCACAACAUCACGCCGCUGAGCGAUGAGAAGAUCCAGGAACUCGCGAAGGACCUGACCGACGAGGAACGCAAGAUCAUCCUCAACGAAGGAACCGAGCCCCCCUUCUGCGGCAACCUCCUCGACAACAAGAAAGACGGCAACUACCACUGUCGACUCUGCAAACUCCCGCUCUUUGGAAGCAACUCCAAGUUCCACUCUGGAACAGGUUGGCCGAGCUUCUUCCAGCCCGUCGAUCCAAAGCAUGUCGCGACCGAAGAAGACAACUCACACUUUAUGUCGCGCACCGAGAUCCUCUGCGCCCGCUGCGGCGGACACCUCGGGCACGUCUUCCCUGAUGGUCCCAAACCGACCGGACUCCGAUUCUGUGUCAACUCCGCUUCGCUCGAGUUCUUUGAAGCCGGCGACGAGCUUCCUGAGAUGGCCAAGCCAAGCACGCUCGAGGUCGCGUACUUCGCCGGCGGAUGCUUCUGGGGGAUCGAGGAUCGUUACGAGAAGCACAUCGGCGUCAUCGACGCCGUCUCCGGAUUCCAAGGCGGCGACGACUCGCGCGAGCCGUCGUACCGCGAGGUGUGUACCGGAGUGACGGGACAUGCGGAAUCGGUCAAGGUGACCUUUGAUCCUGCCGUGGUCAGUUACGAGAAGCUCCUGUCUUGGUUCUUCCGUAUCCACGACCCAACCCAAGGCAACCGCCAAGGUCCUGACGUCGGCACGCAGUACCGCUCCGCGAUCUUCACCACAAGCGACGAGCAGCACGAGCAAGCGAAAGCAUUCCUCGAAGCUCAGCAGAAUGAAGGACGCUGGUCGAAGCGCAAGAUCACGACCGAGCUCCGCCGAGCAGAAGGCGCGAAGUUCUACGAAGCCGAGGAAUACCACCAAGACUACUACGCCCGCAAGGGCGGCACCUGCGCCGCUCCGAUCUAUCCGGAAGAUUGA